AUGAAAUUUCUAAAUACUAUACUUAGAGAAAUCCUCUUCUUCCUAGAGUUCAAAGACAUAGUCCGCUCUAGCUUGGCCUUCGUCAACAAACAGUUCUUCAAUAACAUUGUGGAAGACACUGAAUUGCUCUGAAGACUUAUUGACCGAAUGGUACCACUUGUCAAAGAUUAUGAUAGGCAGGAGCAGUACUAUGCCUCAGUCACUUCCAAGAUAUUGAGACUGAAGCAGAAGCAUGAGAGUGGUAAUGAAGAAUUCAAAGAUCCAGAAAUGCAGUUCCAGAGGAUGAAGGAUUAUUCAACUAAAGAACUUGUAUUAUUCAUUCUUGAGACAGAGAAACUUAAUAUCAAAACUGAGCUCGUUUGUACCCAAAGAGUUACUGGAGGUGUUAUGAGAGCUCCAAUCAGAUGCUUAAGAGCUUUCCUGAAUUGAAAUUCUAUCUACCAUUCCGAAAAGGUAGAACUUCAUAAGAAUGGAGUACUUUGUAUGACUGGAAUCCCCAUCGAGUCGCUUCGAGAAGAUACCGAAAAAGCCAGAAACUUGUUACAAAAAGUGGUAGAAAUUCAAGAUUCUAUUGGCUACAAAAUUCCAAGUAAAAUCCAACAGCAAAGAAAUUAUAAAGAAAUAGAAGGAAAAGAAGCAUCUUUUAUUGAAGCAUUGAAUAAAGAGAAUUUGAGCACUGACUCAAGAACAAGUUUUAAAUAUUGGUAUCUGAAUAGAAUGAUAUACUCUCUUCCUGAAAUCCCAUCAAAGACACAAAGUUCAAUUAUUCAAUUCGACACUUCAGUUCAUCAAGAAUUAAUGAAGGAUAGAUUAUUCUUCUGGAAGGGACUACAGGUCAUGAAGACCAGAAAUGCUUCAUGCCCAAUCAAAGCUUUGGCUGUGUUUACUCAUGACUAUCCUAUCAAGGUUGAAGAGCACCCAUUAGUUCAUAUUGUGAAAGAUUUAUACAAGAAAAGCACUGAGGAAAAAGUAAAAAAGGUCUAUAAAAGCAUAUUUGAUUGAGAAUCUGAUGGAGAAGAAGUAGAAGUUUCUUUUGAUUCAGAAGCCUUUGUGGAAGAUCUCAGGUCAAAAGCUAUUCUGGCAGGACUAAUUCCAGAUAUGAUUACGAGUGAUAAUAACUACAUGGAAUUUUCUCAAAGAUUUUAUUCUUCGAAGUUUGAAAGACCUGAUCAAGACUCACAAAUGGACAAUGAGCCUUUAGUAAAGGCUAUUUCAGGGAUAGACUCUAGUAAAGAAUACAUAGAGAUGCUUGAUAGACUAAAAUCAAAGAAUGACUUCUUUAGACUUAGAUUGGCUACAAUUGCAUAUGAUCUUGAUACUCACGGAUAUGAGUACAGAUUCACAAUGAAUGAAGUUAAAACUGGAAGAUUUAUAACUGUGUUAGCCCUUGAGAAAGAAAUUAGAUCAUCAAAUGUUGAAGUUGGAAUCAGCGUCGGAGGAGUCUUAUUCAAUGGAGGAUUUGUGCCUAGCAUGGUUAGAAUCAUCGAAUAAAUAAUUUAACACUCUUUUACUACAAAAC